AUGCAAGCCAAGGCAAAGGAGAUCGCGAAGGAAGCGUUCGAGAAGGCGAAGAAGGAAGCGAAGGACCCGGAGAAUCAGAAGAAAGCGGCCAUGUUAGCGGCGGAGCAGAUCGGAACGAUGGCUGUGAACGCCCUGGUGCCCGGAAGCGCGCACGUGAUUGGCAAUGCGAAAAAGGCGAAGUAUUUUAAGGAGCAGAUCUGGCCCAUCAUCAAAGCGGAGGUCCAGAAGCUCGAGGACGAGGCGACGGCGGAGCGCCAGAAGCACUACCAGGCGAUUAAGACGCCGCCCCAGACUCCCAAGGGCAAGAAAGGCGGCAAGUGA